AUGCAUGUUGUCAUAAUCAGGGCGCGGGGCAUACACACAGUUAGAUCGCUCUCUUUGACUUGCCCAAGGAGACCACAGACUCCAUCUGCGUAUUCAUCCUCGGUUCGUCCCGCCGUCACCACCGAGAAAAUGUUCAAAAAAGCCAUCCAAGACCACACAGGCAGUGGCACGAAACCUCUCCACCAGUCCGACUUGUUACGUGCCAAUGCGACAGCCCCUUCGCAAUCGCAAAUCCAACCACAAACCAGUGCUAUCAAACGCAAAAUUGAUGUACCCGAGUCCUCGCUGGGGUCCUUGCACAAUGCGGUUUAUUUCGAUGAGAAUGACUUCGAUGAUGAUCUUGACCUCGACGAACCCCAACCAUUGAUCGCACCAAGGAUGACUAGCUCCGCCAUUUCAAAGACGGUAACAUAUCCAAGCCUUGAUCCGUCAAAAACUGGCCAGUCUGCCAACGGCAACAGAGAUCCCUCAGACGUCAAUUACCCCGAUCUUCCUCCCAUGUCCCAAGAGGAACUCGCUCCUCCAAGCAGCAUGCAGUUACCGUGGUCAUCCUCGCCUCCCUCGCAUUUCCAACCUCCUGUGAGGAAACCUCGAACCCUUCCAUGGACCAAGGAAGAAGUGGAACCGCGCGAAGAUAAAAGGAGGAGCUUUGUGACCCCCAAACGCGCAAGGCCCGCAGAACCAUGGAACAAGUCCGAAAGCGCCAUCAAGGCAGAACAGAAAGAGUUGAGACAAGAAUAUAAAAAGACCCAGCAAACCGACGUGAACCCGAAGCCACAGGCCCGCCCAAAGAUUGCCUCUAUCUUUUUGAGUGACGAGCAGAGAGCUGUUCUUGAAGCUGUCGUGGACCGUACAAAGAGCAUGUUUUUCACUGGCUCUGCGGGAACAGGAAAGUCAGUACUCAUGAGGGAAAUCAUUGCGAAGCUGCGCAACAAAUACCGCAAAGAACCCGAUCGAGUUGCAGUUACGGCAUCAACAGGUCUUGCGGCAUGUAAUAUUGGAGGUGUGACGCUCCACAGUUUUGCUGGAAUCGGGCUGGGCAAAGAGCCAGUGCCUGAACUGAUCAAAAAAAACCAGAAGGCUCGAAAUCGCUGGCUGCGUACCAAGGUCCUUGUUGUUGAUGAAGUCUCCAUGGUCGACGGCGAUUUAUUUGACAAACUUGAAGAGAUUGCUCGACGCAUUCGCAACAAUGGUCGUCCUUUCGGAGGUAUCCAACUUGUUGUAACUGGCGAUUUCUUCCAACUACCUCCUGUGCCGGACGGAAGCAAUCGAGAGGCAAAGUUUGCAUUCGCAGCUGCUUCCUGGACAACCUGUAUCCAACACACCAUCCUUUUAACCAACAUUUUCCGUCAACGAGAUCCGGAGUUUGCAGAUAUGCUGAAUGAAAUGCGACUGGGAAAGAUCACCCCUCGUACGAUCGAGGCUUUCAGAAGGCUUUCUCGCCCUCUGGAUAUUAAUGACCAGAUUGAAGCGACGGAAUUGUUCCCAACGCGCGCUGAAGUGGAAGGGGCUAACUCUGCACGAAUGGGAAGACUUUCAGGCGAAGUGAUGAGGUUCAACGCAGUGGAUUCAGGAACAAUCCAGGACCCUCAACAUCGCGAAAGACUGUUAUCAAAUUGCAUGGCCCCUCCUCUGAUCCAGUUGAAGAAGGGUGCUCAAGUUAUGCUUAUUAAGAACAUGGAGGACUCGCUUGUUAAUGGCUCUAUCGGAAAAGUGGUAGCUUUCAUGAGUGAAGAUUACUUUGAUUCCUAUAAGGAGAUCGACAAGAGCUUCGCGGAUGAUGCGACUGUGAGCGAUGAUGAGCGGGCUAGUCGGGCUCGCAAGAGGCUCAAACCUAUGGGCUUCAAGGAUGGCCAAGCCUCGAUGGCUCGGAAAUGGCCCCUACCCGAUGGCACAGAGCGUCAUUUGCUGUGUCAACCAGAGACGUGGAAGAUCGAACUUCCCAAUGGAGAAGUUCAAGCACAACGUCAACAAGUCCCAUUGAUAUUGGCGUGGGCUUUGUCUAUCCACAAGGCCCAGGGACAGACGCUUCAACGUGUGAAAGUUGAUUUGGGCCGAGUGUUCGAGAAAGGUCAGGCUUAUGUCGCGCUAAGUCGAGCUGUUUCGCAGGAAGGCCUGCAGGUCACUCGAUUCGAGCCUCGUAAGGUGAUGGUGCAUCCAAAGGUGGUGGACUUCUAUUCCAACUUGGCCACAAUCACAGAUGCCAUGAAGUCUAAGCCUUCAAGUGCUCUGAACCCGGAUGACUUUGAUGAUGAAGACUUUUGA